UUAGCUGCAAAGUAAGCCCCCCUGACAACAAAGCAUCUCCAUUUGUUUUUGCUUGAUCAAUCUCAUGAUUUCAACUUUCUAUCUCUCAUAAUCAUCAUCUUCAUCAUCCCUGGUAAUCCUCGUCUCCAUCUCCAUUCAUUUGUUACCUCUCUCUCCCUUACUUUAUCUUUCUUAUUUAUUCUGUCCUUUUCUUUUUGCAGAUCGGUUUUCUCAGUUAAUUAUAUUAUACCCUUUCAUUCUCUCUUUCUUCUUUACUGCUGCUAGCUCAGAGUGCCUCUUUUUUCCAUUGCUCGCAGUUGAAUUAUCCAGAAACGAAAACAUUUUUUUUCUUAUAAUUAAAAUUCCCCAAUCUUGAAGAGGGCACAGUGCAACACUAACUCUUGAUUAAACCCAGUUUUUUUGGUUCUUUUCAUAACGUGUACAUCAUCGGCAAAACGGAGCGGUUCCCCCCUCUCGCAGCUGUGUGGGGGAGGAGCACAAGACGGAGGGAAUUGAAAUGGAUUUUGAAUAUGGUGUUUAUAAUUGACGAGAAGAAGUCGAAACACCUUUCAUUCUACAUUCAUAGUACUAUUGGUGGAAAAGAAGUGGAUUUAGAUGCAGCAAGGAGGAGGAGGGUAUCAAUCGCAAUAUGGGGAGAUGAGUGGUGGUCCGACGAAGGAUGCAGCGAGUAGCAGUCAGAUGGCGAGCGAGCAAUCAGAGCAGUUGGAAAAGGCAUCUCUAAUCAGUUACAGGCCGCCAGCCAUUGGGAAUCCCGAUGAGUUGACGAGGUUCGCAAGUGGCGGUGGAGAUGAGGAAGGCGGCGGCGGCGGAGGAGCUGGAGCUUCAUGUGGCAAUAGGUGGCCCCGUCAAGAGACUCUUGCGAUUCUCAAGAUUAGAGCAGAUAUGGAUGCCGUCUUCCGUGACGCCACCGUAAAAGGCCCACUUUGGGAAGAUGUUUCCGGGAAGCUAGCGGAACUGGGUUACAAAAGGAGUGCCAAGAAGUGUAAGGAAAAAUUCGAGAACGUCCAAAAGUACUACAAGCGAACAAAAGAUGGCCGAGGUGGGCGUCAAGAUGGUAAGAAUUACAAGUUUUUCAGCGAGCUAGAGGCUCUCCAUACAACUUCAGCCACCGUCACACCUGCCACCGCCGUUUCCUCCUACAGCCUGGCCGUGGCUCCCAUUUCUGUUGGGAUCCCUAUGCCCAUCUCUUCUGUUAGAAUUCCACCUGCAAGUACAACUACCACUACUAUCCCAAUGCCCUUAGCGCCUGGAUCUGCGCCAUCCCCUCCUAUCACCGGCACAACCACUCCGUUUGGAAUCAGCUUUUCUUCUAAUAGUUCUUCGUCCUCUCAGGGCUUCGAAGACGAAGAAGAACUAGGAGGGGAACCAUCGGAUAUGGCCGGUACAAGUCGUAAACGUAAAAGGCAUUCGUCGUCUAGAGAGGGUGCAGGGAGUAGUGGUAGCAGCAUGAGGAAGAUGAUGGAGUUCUUCGAGGGUGUAAUGAAACAUGUAAUGCAGAAACAAGAAGCGGUGCAGCAAACGUUUUUAGAUGCCAUGGAGAAGAGAGAGCAAGAUAGGAUGAUAAGAGAAGAAGCUUGGAAAAGACAAGAGAUGGCAAGAUUAGCCCGCGAACAUGAACUCGUGGCUCAAGAACGCGCCAUUGCUUCUUCUAGGGAUGCUGCUAUUGUUUCCUUUUUGCAGAAUAUUACUGGUCAGACGAUACAAUUACCUCUGCAGACACAACCAACAACACCAGUUGUUCCACCGCCGACCCCAAUUCCUUCAACGGCAGCUCCACCACAGCAUCAACCACCGCAACACCUACAACGGCAACAGCAGCAACAGUCACAUUCGCAACAUCAACAGCAGCAGCAGCAGCAACAAGAACAUUUGCAACAUCAACAGAAGCAGUAUCAACCACAAAAUACUGAAGUUGUGAAGCAUCAAAAACAGCGUAUACCUUCGGAAGCGAUCAUGGCUAUCCCGGAACAAAAGGUGGCACCACAGGAGAUUGGUGGGAGCGAGAACAUGGAGCCUGCGUCGUCCAGAUGGCCUAAAGCUGAGGUUCUGGCACUUAUAAACAUAAGGAGUGGACUUGAAUCCAGAUACCAAGAGGCCGGUUCCAAGGGUCCUCUUUGGGAAGAAAUCUCCGCCGGUAUGAGCAGGAUGGGAUAUAAGAGAAGUGCCAAACGAUGCAAGGAAAAAUGGGAGAACAUCAACAAGUACUUCAAGAAAGUCAAAGAAACCAACAAGCAGCGUCCCGAGGAUGCCAAAACCUGCCCCUAUUUUCACCAGCUCGACGCCCUUUACCGUAAAAAGAUACUUGGUGGUGGGACUAGCGGUGGUUCCAGUAACUUCAGUGACCAAAAUAGGCUUGAAGGGGAAACAUCACAGCCUAGUGACGCCCCACCAAUAAUGCGAUCGCCGCCAUUGACGCAGCAGCCUAUUCAUGAUCAAUCUGAAAACAAAACCGGAGCUACUGUUGAUGAUGCACUGCCAAGUAAAGAAGGUUCAAAGGGGAGUCUCUUUGGGAAAGGAAAAGGUAGAGCUGCAAAGAAGAAGUCAGAAGAUAUUGUGAGGGAGCUGAUGGAGGAGAGGGAGAUGCAGUAGCAACAGCAGCAUCCAAAGGAUGCAUACAUACAUACAUACAAUCGUAGGUGGUGGAUAGCUAUGAUCUAUAAGGUUGACCAACCUUAUAGUGACAAAAUAGAUCAUGAAGAGGAUGAUGG